UGUCUUAUCUUGAAAGCAGUUAUUUGUUUGUGCGUUUCGCGCGUGGCGAACUUCAAGCUAAGAUGAGACAGAUCAUCACCACACAGUCGGUGAAGGUGCCGGAUAAUGUCACCGUAAAAGUGAAGAGUCGUUAUGUGACUGUGAAAGGACCCCGUGGCGUGCUGAAGCGCUCCUUCCGUCACACUCAUCUCCACAUUCACAUGCCGAAUAAAAAGGAAGUGAAGGUUGACAAAUGGUUUGGUACCAAGAAAGAGACCGCCACCGUGAGAACCAUCUGUUCUCACAUCAAGAACAUGAUCAAAGGUGUCACGAAGGGAUUCCGGUACAAGAUGAGGGCCGUGUAUGCCCAUUUCCCCAUUAAUUGCGCGACAACGGAAAAUAACACCGUUAUUGAUAUUCGUAACUUUUUGGGGGAAAAGUUCGUGCGCCAUGUUAAGAUGGCACCAGGAGUGACUGUCACGAACUCUGCCGACCAGAAGGAUGAGUUGAUCGUCGAAGGUAACAGUCUGGAGGACGUGUCACGAUCUGCGGCCUUGAUCCAGCAAUCGACAACGGUGAAAAACAAGGAUAUCCGAAAAUUUUUGGAUGGGCUGUACGUGUCGGAGAAGACCACCAUCGUCCCUGAAGAUUAAUCGCUCGCCAGAAUUGAAAUGUUGUUACAAACAAUGCGAUUAAUGCAGAUUCUUGAGGGAAAGAA